CUUAUUGCACUUGUCAAGCUCACCACUCUCACAAACCCAUUCCUGAUACACAAACAGAGAAACUUCAAGAAGCCAUGAAAAUUAUCUUCUUCUUCAUCAUCUUCUUCUCCAUCGCCGUCUCUUCCAUUCUUGGAUCUCCACCGGAUUGUGUGUACACGGUUUUUGUGAGAACUGGAUCGAUCGUGAAAGCGGGGACAGAUUCGAACAUUACAUUGACUCUGUUCGACGCCGAUGGGUAUGGUAUCAGGAUCAACAACCUGGAGACUUGGGGCGGGCUUAUGGGCCCGGGAUACAACUAUUUCGAGAGGGGGAACCUGGACAUCUUCAGCGGGCGCGGGCCGUGCCUGUCUCGGCGGGUCUGCUACAUGAACCUCACCUCCGACGGCACCGGCCCGCACCACGGCUGGUACUGUAACUACGUGGAGGUCACCGUCACCGGAGUCCACCAGGCGUGCUACCAACAGCUAUUCACGGUGGAGCAGUGGUUGUCCACCGAUACGUCGCCGUAUGAGCUCACCGCCAUCAGAAACAUUUGUGAAUCUGAUGCCGCUAAGUCUCUUCCCGUCGGCGCCUCUGAAACUGCUGGAAUUGUAGCUGUCAUGUGAGAGAGUGGUGUUGGACUUUUGUAUCAAUGUCACAUGGGCUGUUCCGGACUUGGGCCCGAGUUCUCAUAUUCGGCCCUCUUCGUACUUUUGAAAUAAUGAAUUUUGUUUUUUUGGUGUCA